AUGGUACGUAGCGGUGCCUCACCGCAGACGGUGCUUCCUAUGAGCAAGGGCCCCGCCAUUCCGGCUGCCGCACAGCGCUUCCUCAAGUAUGUGGAAGCGAGUCCAACGCCGUUCCAUGCGACAGCGUCGAGUGUGGCCAUGCUCGAGAACGCCGGGUUCGUCCAGCUGCACGAGCACCAGAGCUGGGACGAGAAGCUGUUCCUGGGCGGGCGCUACUAUUACCAGCGCAACCAGUCGUCGCUUGUGGCGUUUGUGGUCGGCAAAAAGUAUGCGCCGGGCCACGGUGUGCACAUGGUCGGCGCCCACACCGACUCGCCGAACCUGCGCGUGCGCCCCGUCUCGAAGAAGAGCAAGGAGGGGUACCUGCAGUGCUCGGUCGAGACGUACGGCGGCGGCCAGUGGCACACGUGGUUCGACCGGGACCUCAGCCUCGCGGGCCGCGUGAUUGUCGCGGCGAACGACGCGCCGAGCCGCUUCGUGUCGCGGCUCGUGCACAUCCGGCGCCCGCUCUUGCGUGUGCCGACGCUGGCGAUCCACCUGAACCGCUCGGUGAAUGAGGCAUUCAAGUUCAAUCAGGAGGACCAGCUGCAGCCGAUCCUUGGGCUCGCCGAGUCGCUGAAUCAGCCGGCGGCGCCAGCGAGCGACGCCGUCGGUGUGCCGGCCAUGGGCAGCAAGCACCACCCGGCGCUCCUGGCGCUCCUGGCGUCGGAGCUGGGCGUCGCGGUCGAGGCCAUCGAGGACUUUGAGCUGAGUCUCUACGACACGAACCCCCCCACGGCCGGCGGCCUGCACAACGAGUUCCUGUUCGCGCCGCGCGUUGACAACCAAAUGAGCUGCUUCUGUGCGACGGAGGCGCUCAUUGCAUCCGUCGUCGACAUCGACGCGGUCGAGCAGGCCAAGAGCAUCCGCGCGAUUGCGCUCUUCGACCACGAGGAGGUCGGCUCCGUGUCGCACCAGGGCGCUGAGAGCAGCCUGCUCUGGAGCAUGGUGCACCGCCUCGCGGGCCUCGCGGUGCCCGGCGCACCAAGCACAAGCGCGUCUGCGCCGGAGCUGUUCGAGCAGAGUCUUGCGCGCUCGUUCCUGAUUAGCUCGGACACAGCUCACGGUACGUCCACGGCGCUCACACCAGCGGUCCACCCGAACUAUGCGUCGGUGCACGAGGAGCAUCUGCGUCCGAAGAUGAACGCGGGCCCCGUGCUCAAGACGAACGCCAAGCAGCGGUACGCAUCGAACGCUGUGACGACGUUCCUGCUGCGCCGCGUCGCGAAGCGUGCGGGUGUGCCGCUCCAGGAGUUUGAGGUGCGCAACGACUGCCCGUGCGGGAGCACCAUUGGCCCGAUGCUCUCCAAGGCGGUGCGCACCGUCGACCUAGGCAACCCGCAGCUGAGCAUGCACUCGAUUCGCGAGGUGUGCGGCGCCAUCGACGUCGACUACAAGAUUCGCCUCGUACGUGCGAUGUGCUGA